AUGGAACAAGAUGUCAUAAAUUUGAAAAACCAUACUACUCAAUAUAAAAUACUGAAAGAUGAAGAGAUAAAACAAAAAGCCCUGAAGACAUAUAUGGAUAGCGAUGAGUAUAAAAAGGAAGUUGAAGCAAAUGUAAAGGCAGAAAAACUUUUACAGUUGCAAAACCAAACCGUACAGUAUGAAAACUUAGCACAAGAAAGUAAAAAUAACGACGCGGCUAUGCAAAAGGCAAUGAAAAGCGCAGAAUAUAUAAAAGCCAACAAUGACUGGUUAGAUGCCCAAGCCAACGCUAAAGCAGCCCAACUCAUAGGGUCAAUAAGGACAAAAAUACAAGCGGAUGAAGACAGUUCAAAUGAAGCUUUAAUGAAUGCUGACUUUAAGAACGCCUUCGAAGCUCUUCAUAGUAAGGUGAAACAAGUGAACGACUUCUCAUCUGGAAAGAAACUGAAGUCUGAAGGUUUCGACAAAGAGUUAAAAGAAGUAGCACAAAAUAUGACGAAAAUAACAGAUGCAGCAACGAGACAGGCAGUUCAAAGUGCCUAUGACGCCGUUAGAGCAACUGUUGUGAAAAGUCAAGAAAAAGAGUUACAACAGACCAAAACAGACCUAGUAAAUGCUUUCUUAAGAACGAAAAGUCAGGUAGGACAUUACGCUGCAGAUGGAACAUAUGUGCCAGCUGGUGGAAUUUAUAUACCACCAAACCCUCCAAGAGAAGCACCUGCACCAGGACUACCUAAAACAUUUACAUCGUCACAUGGACACAGACACAGGCAUGCACAACAACCAGCACAACAACCACCUCCACAACCAGCACAACAACCACAAACAGAACAAGGACAUAAAAGAAGUAGAGAACAAGGAAACCAAGAAUUCUUAAAAAUGCUUAAAGAAGAGUGUGGUUUCCCAGAUACUGUUGACUUUAGUGACAGAUAUAAAGAAGCUAUUAGAAAGUUCAAGGAUGGAAAUACUGACCCGAACCUAUUUAGCUUUAUGGCUCAGCACCAAAACGGAUAUAAUCUCAAACCUGGAAAAUACAAGCUCGCUAAGGGAUAUGAUUUAAUAGCAUAUCAUCCAAAUGACAUGGAUGAAUUUACUCCGAGAUAUUUGAUGUCAGAGCUAAAUGACAAUUCAACUUUCGUCAUGAAACGCGUAAAAAAUAGAGACGGAACGAAAGAACAAAAGCUUAUGAAUGCGGAUGACGUAGAUAGGGAAAUUGUUGAAAACGGUCUCGGAAUAUAUGAAAUGCCAGCAGAUGAGGUACAAGAAACUCCACAGGAAGAAGUUCAGAUACAACCAGACAUGGAAGAAAUAGUUCAGCAACAACAGCUAGAAGAGCCUGAAGGAAACGAACAAGUCCCUCCUUUGGAAACUAACUUCACAGAACUAGAUGAAGAUUUGGAACAGCCGAAAAAUCUUGACCCUCAACAAGAGCAUGAGGUGAAUAUGGAAUCUUUCCAAGAGUCUAAGAAAGAUUCGGCUGACAUAGUAGAAGAAUAUCGAAAAAUGUUUGCCGACAUACAAAAGACUCC